CCCAAAGUUCCGAUCAUCGCAUACAAAAUUUCUAGAGCUUCAAUACCAUCGAAACUUCAAAAUCCAAAUAUCCCAAUCUCUAGCCAACGUCUGGGCACCCCGACGCAAUCAUUCGCAAUGAUAUGCCAACGCUGUCUCCAUCGCGCCUCAGCGCUCAGCUCGCGCAUACCCAACACCCUCCGAUCCCCCGCCGCGAUACGCUCAAUCUCCAGCACCAUCCCACAACAGUCUCCCCCCGCGGCCCCAUCACCAACACCAACACCCACCCCCGCGAGCGGAACCCCCGUCUUCAGCCACCCAUUAUCCGACACCGCAGGCAGCAGCGAGGAGAUGCCCAAGCUCUCAGCAUGUCCAGAAGGCACCGUCCUAACCGGCCUGAACUACUUCAAGAACCGAACGGACCCCGUAGCGCUAGCCGACGAUGCGUACCCGUCAUGGCUGUGGACAUGUAUAGAAACGCGGCAGAAAGAGGAAGAAGCCGAAGAUGACGAAGGCGACGAGUUCUCGAAAUCCAAAAAGCAGCGUCGUCUAGCAGCGAAACGGCAGCGCGCGCUCGAAGCCAAGAUCCUCGCCUCGGGCAACAUCGAAGCGCUAGCGCCCAAGAUCCCGCUGCAGCGCCAGAGCAUCAACCUGCCGGGCAAUGAGGAGGGUACGAUGGAGGGAGCGCUCGCUGCGCAGCAGGCUCGUGUGUCGUUGAAUCAUGCUAUGCGCAAGGAGAGGAAGAAGAACAUUAAGGAGAGUAAUUACCUAAAGGGCAUGUAGUAGUCUACCACGACGAUGAAGAGGGGAUUUUGAUGAGGAGGAGACGGCUAUCUAGGGUGGAUGAUCUGUUGCGAAACGGAUGGGGAAAAACCAUGGCCUCAUGUAGAGAGCGAAGCUAAGCGAAGCUCUACUCACCGAGAUGUACUAUACGCGAGUAGACUUGUACACAUAAGAUCACACACGCACAAAGAUAUAUGUCAAAUGA